AUGUUUCACCUUCUCCAAGAUAGGCGUACUUCAAAUGGAUGGGCAAGGGCUUCAACUCCAAGCUGGGCUUUUGUUCAUCCAACGGAAAAAUUUUCUUUUCUUAUUUCAAAUAUGCAUGUACCUGAUCUUCUAGCUUCCCCUCCAUCAGGUUCUCUUGUAAGGCCAAAGGUUGUUAAAAGUGUCCACUUCUGCCCUUCAACUGGGAAAUUCACAGCCCGUGAAUAUCGAGAUAUCACAUCCAAUAUGGGUUUGCCCACAGGAUCUGUUUAUCCAACACGGGAUGAUAGUGGCAAUUUGUUGGUAACUGAGUAUGGGUUAUGCCAAUACAAAGACCAUCAAACAGUAUCAAUGCAAGAGGUGCCUGAGAAUUCUGCUCCUGGGCAGCUUCCACGAACAGUUGAUGUCAUUGUAGAGGAUGACCUUGUGGAUUCUUGCAAGCCUGGAGACCGUGUGGCAAUUGUUGGGAUAUACAAAGCACUUCCUGGAAGUAGCAAGGGCGGUGUGAAUGGAGUAUUCAGGACUGUCCUCAUAGCUAACAGUGUCUCUCUGCUCAAUAAAGAAGCAAAUGCUCCAAUCUACACUGCUGAAGACAUAAACAAGAUCAAAAAGAUAUCUGAGAGGGACGAUGCAUUCGAUCUACUUGCUAAUUCACUUGCACCAUCUAUAUAUGGACACUCAUGGAUAAAGAAGGCAGUGAUUCUAUUGAUGCUUGGUGGAACAGAAAAGAACUUGAAGAAUGGUACCCAUUUACGAGGCGACAUAAACAUGAUGAUGGUCGGUGAUCCUUCUGUUGCAAAGUCUCAGCUACUAAGAGCGAUCAUGAAUAUUGCUCCUUUGGCUAUAUCAACAACUGGUCGGGGUUCUUCUGGAGUCGGAUUGACAGCUGCUGUUACCUCUGAUCAGGAAACAGGUAAUAAACUUCAAUGGGCUGUAGGAUGUUAGCAUUUUCUGGUGAUUAU